AGUAUCUAGCUUACCCUUCUCUUCUAAACUAGGCAUUGAACAUGGGAACGAGCUAUGUUCUGGCCUUGCUCUUGGUUCUGAUUCUGAACUUGGGAAGUUUUCUCCCUUCUCUUGCAAACGCUCCCUACUGUGCUCCACCGACAUACCCUCCGAAGUUCCCUCCGAAACAUCCUCCUCAUGUCAAACCACCGGUUCACCCUACACCACAUCCACCACAUGUGAAACCACCAGUAAAACCACCACAUGUGAAGCCUCCCUACACUCCCAAACCACCCGUAAAACCACCGCAUGUGAAGCCUCCAUACAUUCCCAAACCACCCGUAAAACCACCCCAUGUGAAGCCUCCCUACAUUCCCAAACCACCCGUAAAACCACCCCAUGUGAAGCCUCCCUACAUUCCCAAACCACCAGUAAAACCACCACAUGUGAAGCCUCCAUACAUUCCCAAACCGCCGGUGAAGCCGCCACACGUGAAGCCUCCCUACAUUCCCAAACCACCAGUGAAGCCACCGCAUGUGAAACCUCCCCAUGUACCAACACCACAACCACCACACUACCCGAAACCACCAAUUGUCCACCCACCCUUCAUCCCACAACCACCAAUUGUCCACCCACCCUAUAUCCCAAAACCACCAAUUGUGCACCCUCCCUUCAUCCCAAAACCGCCAAUCGUGCAUCCACCUUUCAUCCCUAAACCACCAAUUGUGUACCCACCAAUUACUCCCAAGCCCCCCAAAUACCCACCACCGGUGUACCCUAGCCCGCCACCGCGGCCACCAAUAGAAACACCCUGCCCUCCUCCACCACCUUCAGUAGUGCCAUAUCCCCCUCCGCCACCCCCUUCAGUAGUACCAUAUCCACCUCCGCCACCAAAAGACACAUGUCCCAUCGACGCUCUCAAGCUAGGGGCCUGUGUUGAUGUGCUCGGAGGGCUGAUUCACGUCGGAAUUGGGGGUAGUGCUAAAGAUGCUUGCUGUCCUGUGCUUGGAGGACUGCUAGAUUUGGACGCCGCCAUUUGCCUCUGCACCACCAUCAGGCUUAAGCUCCUAAACAUCAACAUCAUCAUACCCCUUGCUCUUCAGGUCCUCAUCGACUGUGGGAAGACUCCUCCCGAUGGAUUCAAGUGUCCUUCAUAAGCUGCAGAGUCUCCCCGACGUCGUUCGAGGGUUUUAAAGCUCAAUUAGGGUUUUCAGUAAUAUUUGGCAGUAGUAAUAAUAGCAUGUGCGUACGUAUGUGAUCCGCUCAUCAUCAAACUUUGGAAGUAAAAGUACUUCAUGGUUUUACUUAAUUAUCGUCUGUUAUUUGUAUUAUGUUUUCAUUUGGGUGGUUCUCAUUGUGUAUCAGAUCGAUAUACUGUGGGAGCCUGUGGCAAAAGGUAUUCAGGUUGAUUGAUUAUCAGAAUAUGUUGUUCUAUGUAUGGGACUGCGUGUUGAUAAUUGAGCUUCAAGAAGAACUGUA